AUGACUUCCUCUCUCGACCAACUCAAAGCCUCUGGCACCACUGUCGUCUGCGACUCGGGUGAUUUCAACACCAUUGAAAAGUACAAGCCUCAAGAUGCUACCACCAAUCCCUCUCUCAUCCUUGCCGCCUCUAAGAAACCCGAAUAUGCCAAAUUGAUGGACCCGGCUAUCGAGUAUGGCAAAGCCCACGGCAAGACAAUUGACGAACAAGUUGAUGCCACCCUUGACAGGCUCUUGGUCGAAUUCGGCAAGGAGAUCUUGAAGAUUGUUCCUGGCAGAGUUUCUACCGAAGUUGAUGCUCGAUUUUCUUUUGAUACCCAAGCUUCUGUUGACAAGGCUCGCCACAUUGUUGAACUCUACAAGUCCAUUGGCAUUGACAAAUCCCGCGUCUUGAUCAAGAUUGCCUCCACAUGGGAAGGUAUUAAGGCCGCCGAGAUCUUGCAAAAGGAGGGCAUCAACUGCAAUUUGACCCUAAUGUUCUCUCUUGUCCAAGCCAUUGCUGCCGCCGAGGCCGGUGCCUUCCUGAUCUCUCCCUUCGUCGGCCGUAUUCUCGAUUGGUACAAGGCGGCCAUGAAGAAGGAUUUCGCUGCCACGGAGGACCCCGGCGUCAAGAGUGUACAUUCUAUUUUCAACUAUUACAAGAAGUAUGGCUACAAGACCAUCGUCAUGGGUGCAUCGUUCCGAAACGUGGGUGAGAUCACGGAGCUCGCUGGCUGCGACUACUUGACUAUCUCACCCAACUUGCUCGAGGACCUCUACAACUCAACCGACCCCGUCCCCAAGAAGCUUAAGGCCGAAGAUGCUAUGGCCAUGGACAUUCCGAAGCGAACCUACAUCACCGAUGAGCCGUUGUUCCGCUUCGACUUCAACGAGGAACAAAUGGCUGUUGAGAAGCUCCGAGAAGGUAUCAGCAAGUUUGCGGCAGAUGCGGUCACGUUGAAGGGCAUUCUCCGAGAGAAAAUUGAGAAGUCUUGA